CCCGCUGGGUGGGUAGGGCUUCGCCCGGUGGGCGGAACUACGGCCUGUGGGAGGAGUUUUGAUUGGCUCCUUCCCCCUCCGACCCCUCCCGAACUUCCUGAAGAUCUUCUGCGUGUAGAUGGUGUCAGUCGGAGCGAGAGUUGCUGCACGAGGGUAUUGAAGACAAUGGCCAAGAACAAACUAAGAGGGCAGAAGUCCAGGAAUGUAUUUCAUAUAGCCAGCCAAAAAAACUUUAAGUCUAAAAACAAAGCAAAACCAGUUACCACUAAUCUUAAGAAGAUAAACAUUGUGAAUGAUGAAAAAGUUAACAGAGUGAAUAAAGCUUUUGUAGAUAUACAAAAGGAACUUGCCCAUUUCUCAAAAGGCCUUUCCCUUGAACCUUUGCAGAAACAGCUGAUUCCUCAGCAGUGUCAUGAAAACGAACCAGUUAAUGUUGAUGAAGCGACAAGAUUAAUGGCUCAGUUGUAAUACACUGAAGAUACAGCAGAUACCCCAAAAAGACCAAUAAAUUAAAUGUUUUAUACA